GAGAGGAUUCAAAGCCACAUCCUAACCACGAGGCUCUUCUGGGGCAAAGAUGUUCCCACCCUUCCUGCUGCAGAUGUGUAUGAAUCCUCACGUAUCAUCUGAAACCGGUGAAUGGCUGGAAUGCUUUUGCUUCCCCGUGAGCGCUCCUAAGAGGAGGUUCUUUACAAGGACAGGUGAGCUCCGCCGUCUGUUUCUGUCGCGCGUGUCCUGUCCCCAGUCCAGGGUGAGGAAACAGUCCCCGGAGCGCGGCGUCACGACGGCUGAGCGCCUGUCCCGACCGUCACCGCUGCUGAGGCGUGCCGCGGCGGCACAGCACCUUCCCUGCGCUGCCGGGGACCAGCCAGGAGCACGGGCGAGACAAAAAGGAAACAUCCAUAGCUCCUUCCUGCAGCUGCCUCGUUCAAGAGCUCCUCUGGGUCUCUUCUUUGCCAGCCCUGCAGCCCUCUCCGUUCCGAAGCACGUGGAGAUCUGCUCAAGCCCCCGAGAAGCCAGCUUGGAUGAUGCCUGCAAACCUCUGCAGCGGUUUCAGCCGGCAGGGGAAGCUGAGCGGCACGGUCAGAGUUUCCCCAUUUCGGUGCCCAUCCGGAUUUACAGGACCGGUUUUGAAAGCCUGUGCGCCGCUGGGAUAAACAUGCAGCAUGCUGAGCUCUCUCCGGCUUCCAACCUGUGCUCCUGCUGUGGGCGGAGGCGCUGUAACGUCCCCACGCGCGAUCAGGAGAGCCUGGGGAUCGAUGCAAGGCAUGGAGCGAGGUGGGGGGGGAAAAAAAAGAGAGAAAAGUCAGCAGAGAAAUCACGUCACGUUGCUCAAGCACCUGCGGGAGGACGGCGCAACAAAAAGGGGACCGAGAAGAAGAGCUUGCCCCUGACGAAGGGGCCGUGGGUUGAGGGCGGCCCGGUUGGGAUCAAAGCCUUCUGGAAACCUCCCCGCGCUGGGGAGCCCGGGUGA